GACUGUUCUGUUUAUAGAAACUACCGAGACCGUUGAACGCAAUAUCGCCACAGCGAGGGAGUAACACAGGUGCGUGGGGGAGUAACACAGGUGCGUGGGGCAGUAACACAGGUGCGUCCGCUGUUUUUGGGGUGGGAAUAGAGCGCGUGAAGGUUCACCGCGAGCUGCGCUCGAUCUCUCGAACAGACGAGGGCAGCACGAGACCGAAACCCUCGCGCCAACUGUCAGGCACGAGGAGCAGGGAAAGAAAAGACUGCGGCCGCGCGCACUCGUGUACGCGCACCGACACUAAAUCCGCUACAAUACCAAACCCGUCCCACACCGGAGACAGAGGACUGUUUUUAACCGUUUUAGCGAACGAUAAUACACGGACCAACUGUACAGGUUUUUUUUUUAUCCUGAUGAAAACUAAUGAAUUACUCCGUGGAAAGCGACUCGGUUAUUUUUAAGGACUCCUUCCCCGUGUUUUUUUUUUUUUUGUCUUUUCGUGGAAGAAAGAGCCCCGCGGGCUGUCGGGCCAGCGGGUCGCCAGGAGUUGGAACAACGACGAGCCUCCCGUUGCACUUACUACUUUGCUCUAAAAUAAAGUCUUCUUUGGGCGGACUUUAAACACUAGAAGACGUCGAGGUUCUCCUUCAGCAUUUUCAGGCGUUAACAAUGACCCAUGGUGUCCGAGAGCGCGUUUCGGUGAACUGUCCAGAACAGUGUCAGAGGCUAAGCUAGGUCUGAUCCAACUGUUAGAAAAGCUUUCAUAACUAAUGGCACACACGAAAAGCCAAAGACGGAACGCACACUUCUGUUAAAGCUGAACUGCUUCAUGAACUUUACAGCUGAAUUAAAACACGAUGUCGUUUUUUAAUUUCCGAAAAAUCUUCAAACUGGGAGCGGAGAAGAAGAAGAAACAAUACGAGCACGUCCGCAGGGAUGAAAACCCGGAGGAGAUAUGGGAGAUCAUCGGCGAACUGGGAGAUGGAGCCUUUGGGAAAGUCUUCAAGGCUCAGAACAAGCAGACAGGUGUCCUCGCUGCAGCCAAAGUUAUUGACACAAAGACUGAGGAGGAGCUGGAGGACUACAUGGUGGAGAUUGACAUCCUGGCCUCCUGUGACCACCAAAACAUUGUCAAACUGCUCGAUGCUUUCUAUUACGAGGGCAAACUGUGGAUACUCAUCGAGUUCUGUGCAGGAGGGGCUGUGGAUGCUGUUAUGCUUGAGCUGGAGAGACCUCUGACAGAGCCUCAGAUCAGGGUGGUGUGUAGGCAGACUCUGCAGGCGCUCGUCUACCUCCACGAAAACAAAAUCAUCCACAGAGACCUGAAAGCCGGCAACAUCCUUCUCACACUGGAUGGUGACGUCAAGCUGGCGGACUUCGGCGUGUCUGCCAAGAACACCAAAACGCUGCAGAGGAGAGACUCUUUCAUCGGGACGCCUUACUGGAUGGCUCCGGAGGUGGUGAUGUGUGAGACGUCCAAAGACCGUCCAUAUGACUACAAGGCUGAUAUCUGGUCUCUUGGGGUCACUUUGAUCGAGCUGGCACAAAUUGAGCCUCCAAAUCACGAGAUGAACCCGAUGAGAGUUCUGCUGAAAAUAGCCAAGUCCGAUCCUCCAGCGCUGAUGCAGCCAUCACGCUGGUCCCCAGAAUUUAGUGAUUUCCUGAAGCGGUGCCUGGACAAGAAUGUUGACAACAGAUGGGGUGCCAUGCAGCUUCUGCAGCAUUCAUUCGUGUCCAGUGUGACGGACAGUAAGCCGCUGAGGGAGCUGAUAGCCGAGGCAAAGGCUGAGGUCACCGAGGAGAUCGAAGAGCACAAAGAGGAAGAAGAGGAGGAAGAGACAGAAGCACAUCUGGGUCAUAAACGCGCUCCAUCUGAUGUUAGCGUUGCCAGUUCUGAGGAUGAGAAGAUCCCCCUCUCUCCCUCCACCUUGGAAUCGGUCCCUGAGAAGGCGGAGCCAAUUCUGCCUGUGCCCGCACCUGCUGAGCUCCCCAUGGCCAACCACGUGGUGGACACCAGCUUUGUAGAGGAACCUCCUUCUCCUGCUGCUGAAGAGCCUGCAGAGGAGGUUUCAAAUGCUCCAGUUAAGGAUGAAGAGGAGCCAGUGGAAGAAGUAGUUCCAGAAGUUCCACUGCCUGAUGUCACCCCACCAGAGCCGGAGUCUGAACCAGAGGCACCUGCUAAGGAAAUGCAGCAACUGGAACUAGCUGUGGAGGAUGAAAAGGAGGUGGACACAGCUGAGGAUGAAGAGUGCUCAGAGGUCACUGAGGUUCCUCAGGAGGAAAAGACACCCAUCACAGAGGAAGCAAACACUCCAGCAGAGGAGGACAAGGAGGAGGAAGAUCAGUACAAGCAUCUAAAAGUGACUUUGACACUACCGGAUCAAGAUAACGCUGUCCUGAAGGAGGAGCAUGGAGAGAAGCCCACGGAGAAGGAUGAGAAGAUGGUGCCAGACAGAGCGAAGGAUGACAAAGAGAAAGAAUCGGAUUCUGGAAGCAGCUCAGCUGCAGAUAACAGCAGCAUAGACCUGAAUCUGUCCAUCUCAAGCUUUUUGUCCAAAGCAAAAGAGGCUGGCUCCGUUUCCAUACAGGACACCAGGCGGCAGAAGAAAACGCUGAAAAAGACUCGCAAAUUCAUUGUGGAUGGAGUGGAAGUUAGUGUCACUACAUCGAAGAUCAUCACAGACAAUGACACCAAGAACGAGGAGAUGAGAUUCCUCAGGCGGCAGGAGCUGAGGGAGCUGCGUCUCCUGCAGAAAGAGGAGCAGAGGGCCCAACAGCAGCUCAGCAACAAGCUGCAGCAGCAGAAGGAACAGAUCUACCGGCGCUUCGAGCAGGAGACCACAAGUAAGAAGCGACAGUACGACCAGGAGGUGGAGAACCUGGAGCGGCAGCAGAAGCAGACCAUCGAGAGGCUGGAGCAGGAGCACACCAGCCGGCUCAGAGACGAGGCCAAACGCAUUAAAGCCGAGCAGGACAAAGAGCUCUCCAAGUACCAGAACGUGCUGAAGAACCGCAAGAAAGAGGAGCAGGAGUUUCUCCAGAAGCAGCAGCAGGAUCUGGACAGCGCCCUGAAGAAGAUCAUCCAGCAGCACAAACAUGAGCUCGCCACCAUCGAGAGAGACUGCCUCAACCACAAGCAGCAGCUCCUCAGAGCUCGGGAGGCUGCCAUGUGGGAGCUGGAAGAGCGCCAUCUGCAGGAGAAACACCAGCUACUCAAACAGCAGCUCAAAGACCAGUACUUCAUGCAGAGACAUCAGCUGCUGAAGAGGCACGAGAAGGAGAUGGAGCAGAUGCAGCGCUACAACCAGCGUCUGAUCGAGGAGAUGAAGAACAAGCAGACGCAGGAGAGAGCCCGGCUCCCCAAGAUUCAGCGCAGCGAGGCCAAAACCCGCAUGGCCAUGUUCAAGAAGAGCCUUCGCAUCACCGGAGCCGUCAUCACCCCCGAGCAGGAGAGGGAGAAGGUCAAACAGUUCGCAGCUCAGGAAGAGAAGAGGCAGAAGAAUGAGAGGCUCCACCAACAGCAGAAGCAUGAAAACCAGAUGAGAGACCUGCAGCUCCAGUGUGACACCAACAUCCGAGAGCUGCAGCAGCUGCAGAACGAGAAGUGCCACCUGCUGAUCGAACAUGAGACCCAGAAGCUGAAGGAGCUGGACGAAGAGCACAGCCUGGAGCUGAAGGAGUGGAGGGAGAAGCUGCGACCCAGGAAGAAGGCCCUGGAGGAGGAGUUCGCCAGAAAGCUGCAGGAGCAGGAGGUGUUCUUCAAGAUGAGCGGCGAGUCGGAGUGCCUUAACCCCUCCACCCAGACCCGCAUCUCCAAGUUCUACCCGAUCCCCAGCGUCCAGUCCACUGGCUUCUAGAGGACACCGAUGUGCACACACAGACGAAUGAACGCACACUCCCCGAUGAAGACACAAAGCCUGCUUGCCUUCGUCCUCUGACAGCUGUCGGAGGCUUUUCACAGACGACCUUCUGCCCUUGUGUUUUCUAUCAGAAUCCGUUCGAAGGACGGUUCAGAACCACUAAAGUGAGGAAGCUCUCGGUCCAGCCUUCCUCUCAAGUAUUUUUCUAAGAAUCCAGUGCCUGUAGCAGAUUUUCAGCUUUUAAAUUUAAAUAAUUUUAUUUGCUGCUUGACGUUUUUCUCAUUUAGACUUGUGCACUGAGGCGGUUUGGAUAAAUACGAUCAGUAAAUAUCAUUUAGAAGUGAUCAUAAAGUAGAAUGUACCUCAGAUAAGAGGACGCUCCUGUUAAAGGACUGAUGAUAUAAUCUGUGUGCUAGAACCGUAGCUCGUGAUCCGAUGCAGCGUUUCAGGGCUUUUUCUGCAGGAUGCCUUCAGUCUGAGGAGGUGUGGAGACCCCGAGGACGUCGCACAGAAACAAAGCAUUUACAGACGGUUUGAUGUUGUCAGUCGUGUCUGUGCAGGAAUCUUAUUCAGGGAUGAAGAACGAUGUAAGGAUGGAGUUUCUAAGCAAAUUUACAACUACAAAGAAGCAGCUGAAGAUGACGAUGAUGAUGCUGCACUCUGUACAAGGUGAACAGAAAGUUAAAGAACAGGUCUAAAAAAGUUUGCGCUUCCCUUCAGGGUCAUCGCCGUGCUCCUCUGGGUUAUUUCCAGGAAACACUCACUGGAAGUCCCGCUCUGACCACUUGGACUGAACUCUGACUUCUGUGUCAGACCGAUUUCACCGUUUGUGUACACACACACACACACACACGAGGGGGAGAGGUGUAAAAACAGAAGCUUAGCAGAAAAUAGUCCCGAGGUGCACGAGCAGAUGAUCUUAAAUGGGAGCUCAGCCAAAUUGAAAUCGAAGCGUUUUUUUCCGUCACGGCUCUGAUUCGCCUCCUCUGACUCUGAUGCUGUUUUAGCCUCAGUAGAGAUCCCCAUGUAGCUUCAAAGGCUUUCUGAACCUUAUUAAUGGUUACAGCUUUGUAUCCAAUGAAAACACAACAUUUGCUCUUAGUGGUUUUUAUUAUUAUUCAGGCUGAUGUAAUACAGAAACAAACUAAAUGGGCCUGACUGGUUUAGGCCAUCUCCACCUCUGAUUGGUUCAUUUGAGCAUCUUGUUUUCUCUGUGUUUUUGAUUGGCUGUUGUGAGUUAGUCAGAGGUAUUUAAUAUCUGUUGAUGAAGGAGUGCUGUGCACCUUUUACAAAACUUCCUCAGUAGCUAUUUAUACAUGAGAGCUGAUCAUCCACAAACACACAAUUACAAAACUCUGGUUCUGAAUGUUGAUUAAAACACGCAUAUCAAAAUCAUUAUGCAUUUUUAAUACAUGUAUAGUUUUUAGAAGGUUGAUUCUCAUCCUGCUGUAAAUAAACGGUUUUCUCUCCAA